CCCAGGUUUGGGGACUUUGAAUAGUUCAGCCUUAGGUGGUAAUCAAGUGACUUACUCUGAGUUACUUCUGCAAAGUAGCCUUUAAGUGGAAACAAUGAGCUCCAUUAAAGUUUAUUAUACCAGCGUGUCAGGGUCUAGAGAGGUGAAGCAGAGACAGGAAGAAGUUACCAGAAUUUUAGAUACUUACAAAAUAAAGUAUGAAUUAAUAGAUAUUUCUGUGAGUUUGAAAAUACUUCAGGAAAUGAGGACUAAAGUUUCCACCCCUAGGGCUCUACCACCUCAGAUAUUCAAUGGCCAAGAAUAUUGUGGGGAUUUUGAAAUGUUUCACAAGGCAAAGGAGACCAAAGAGAUUCUUAAAUUCCUGAAGAUGGAAUGAAUGUGCAGUAAUGAUACAAAAGAUUUUUAUCAAGGUGGAUCUGCG